AGAAGUUAGAAAGGUAGCGAUAAAAACAAAACAAGAAAUCCUUUCGUAUCAUUUUAAUGUCAAAUUAUCCGUUUGAGUGUAAACAGGGUGACCUUGUUUACACUUCAAGGUUUAAAUUACCACGUGCUAUUAAUUUUGAAGUGGAAUUGGUUUGUAGUAAAGUGGCGGUAGAGAGUAGCUAUCUAGUUUGUUUAUCUCUCUAUCACAUCGAUUUGUAUCAGAAGAGCUGAAUUUGAACGAAGGGACUGAUCGUAGCUUUUUAAAAUAUCAGCAUGGCUACUUCUCGUUUAUCCAAAAGGUUCUAUCGCCCUGAAAGCAAUGAAGAUACAGUUUUAGAUAGAGGAGCUACUGCAGAAGCUGAAAAUCGAUGGGUAUUUGAAAUUUCUUGGGAAGUUGUUAAUAAAGUUGGAGGAAUUUAUACUGUUAUCAGAUCAAAAGCAGCUGUGAGUGUUGAAGAAUUAGGAGAUCAGUAUUGCCUUCUUGGCCCGUACAAUGAUGGGCUUGUUAAAACUGAAGUCGAAGUUAUGGAUCCACCCGAAGCUGUUUAUCAAAAUGCUAUUCAAGCAUUAAGGCAGUGUGGUAUAAAGGUAGUUUAUGGAAGAUGGUUGAUAGAUGGAUACCCUCGGGUAAUUCUUUUUGAUAUAAGUUCUGCAGCAUGGAAAUUAGAUGAAUGGAAAAGAGAUCUCUGGAACACAGCCAACAUUGGAGUACCCUGGCAUGAUAGAGAAUCUAAUGAUGCUAUAAUAUUUGGAUACUUAGUCGCUUGGUUCCUUGAUGAAUUUUACAAACAAGUUGAACUGGAAAGAGGAACUCCUUAUGUAGUUGCAUCCUUUCACGAAUGGCUGGCAGGAAUAGGUCUCAUACUGUGUCGAACUAGACAUCUUGAUAUAGCCACAGUUUUUACCACUCAUGCUACUUUAUUAGGAAGAUAUUUAUGUGCUGCAAAUUUAGACUUCUAUAAUAAUUUAGAUAAGUUUAAUCUAGAUAAAGAAGCUGGGGAUAGGUCUAUCUAUCACAGAUACUGCAUGGAACGAGCUGCUGCACAUAGUUCUCAUGUUUUUACCACUGUUUCAGAAAUCACAUCUAUAGAAUCUGAACAUUUGUUAAAGCGAAAACCAGAUGUAAUCACUCCUAAUGGUUUGAAUGUAAAAAAGUUUAGUGCCAUUCAUGAAUUUCAAAAUCUGCAUGCUCUUGCUAAGGAAAAAAUUCAUGAUUUUGUUAGAGGUCAUUUUUAUGGGCACUAUGAUUUUGAUCUAGAUAAAACUAUUUAUCUCUUUAUUGCUGGUCGUUAUGAAUUUUCAAAUAAAGGAGCAGAUUUAUUUAUAGAAGCUUUAGCCCGUUUAAAUCAUUUUCUAAAAUCAGCUCAGAGUGAUAUGACUGUUAUGGCCUUUUUAAUAUUUCCUGCCCGCACCAACAAUUUCAAUGUUGAAUCACUCCGAGGACAAGCUAUUGCUAAACAGCUUCGUGACACUGUUCAUGAUGUGCAGUCAAAAAUAGGAAAAAGAAUGUUUGAAAUUUGUUUGGGUGGAAGAUUACCAAAAAAUGAAGAAUUAAUGACUAAUGAGGAUAUAGUGAAAAUGAAACGAUGCAUUUAUGCUUCCCAGAGAACCAGUCUUCCACCUGUUUGUACCCAUAAUAUGAUAGAUGAUGGCAAUGACCCUGUUCUAAACCAUGUCCGUAGGUGUUGCCUAUUUAAUAACAGAGAAGAUCGCGUCAAAGUAAUCUUUCAUCCUGAAUUUUUAUCAUCAACCAAUCCAUUAUUCAGCAUGGAUUAUGAAGAAUUUGUUAGAGGAUGUCAUAUCGGAGUAUUCCCUUCUUAUUAUGAGCCUUGGGGUUACACUCCUGCUGAAUGCACUGUGAUGGGUAUACCUAGUAUAACUACUAAUUUGUCAGGAUUUGGAUGUUUCAUAGCAGAACAUGUUGCUGAUCCUAUGUCAUAUGGUACAUAUAUUGUAGAUAGGAGAUUCAAAAGUCCUGAAGAAUCAGUACAACAGCUAGCUCAGUAUUUGUUCGACUUCACUUGUCUUUCAAGACGUCAAAGGAUUAUUCAGCGUAAUAGAACUGAAAGAUUGAGUGAUCUACUUGACUGGAAGAACUUAGGAGUUUAUUAUAGACAAGCUAGACAGAUGGCUUUACAUAAAAUGCAUCCUGAAGGCACUGAUCCUGAAGAUGACAUGAGAGGUACACUACAAAUGAAGUAUCCUAGACCUAUGUCUGAGCCUCCUUCGCCUACUAGCUCUCGUGCCUCAACUCCAGCUCCAUCAGAACAUGGAAGUGACGAUGAGGAAGAUCACUCGUCUGAAGAACACGAACAUGAAAGCUGAAAGUUUUAUUUACUUAUGUCUAAAAUUCUGCUGACUUUUAAGAAAGGUAAUUGUUUUCACGACUGCUUUAUACUUUUUUUUUUUUGACAAUUGUGAAAAAAAAUCAGAUAAGUUCAUCCGUUGAUUUCUUUUUUGUUCUAAUUAUACCUGUGAUGUAAUUCAAAAGGAAACUAUUUUUAUCAUGUUUUGUUGUUAAAUAUUUAUGUCAUUAAAAAUCAUAAAUGGUGCUGUUGAAAAAAUAAUUUUUUUGAUUUUAAUCUGACGUAUUUUGUUAAUUAAGAAAAAGCGAUAUUCUGUUUUUAUAUAUGUUGCAUAUAUAUGGCAUAUUUUCGUCCAUCUAUAAUACUGUCAUGUUAAUGAUACAUCAAAAAUGCUUAUCGGUCAAUUGCCAAAAUGACAGAUUUGUAUUUUUAGCAAGAUUCUGAGGAUGUUUGAAUGAAAUAAAAUUUUGAAAGGUCACUUUUUAAAGCCUCUUGAUAUAGCUAUAAUCACUACAUUUGAUAUAAUUGUAACACAGACACACUUUGACCAUUUUAUGUACACAAUCUUUACGAUUAUUAUAGAUGAUUGAGUAAAAAGAUGAUCCUUAAUAAAACAACAAUAUUUAGUAUUGUGCCCUGUAACAUUGAUGAAAUAAUAAAACUUUAUGUGAAGACAUAUGCAUAUUCACAUUUGUUUCACUGAUUAAUUAUAUUCAUUAAAUAAUAUUAACUAUGUACUUAUAAAAUCUUAACAAGAUUAGUAUCUCAACGAUGUUAAAGAGUCAAUACUUUUGUCAGUUAUAAAGAAAUCCUGAAUCAAUUGAUUGAAAAAAAUUUAAUAUAGCUGGGGAAAAAAAUCCGAAAAUUAAUAUUUAUAUUUAAUUGAUAAUAAUCAUUUCAAAUGUGUGACAUUUCCAAACUAUGUUCUAUUGUUUUAAUUUUGUCUUUCUGAAUUUGCCAUAUUGUUUACUAAAAUGAAUUUAUUUUGUUUUAUGUGCAAUGAAUUAAAGUGUUGAGUGAUAGCAAUCAUUUUAGGCUACUCAGCAAUGUAGUUUACUUGAAUGUUAAGACUAUCAACUUACAUAAAUUCUUAUUAUUUUAUUUGUUCAAGUGUAUGUGCCAUAUAUGUUUACAAAAAUAGCAUAUUUUUAAUAAAUUGUAUACAUUGUAAGUGUCAAAAAUAAAGUUUACAUUUUGAUUUGCA